GGGUCUUCUGGGACAAUGUCACUUCUUCGUGGGUGGCGCUGCGGCGCUCGAGGCCGCAGCCAACCUCUAGGGCUUACAGCGCAGUGCAGCACGGCUUCGAAGCAGCAAAGCAGCUGGCAGAAGAAGCAGCCAUCAGAUUCAACCAGAAGCAGCAGCAGCAGCAGCAGUAG